CUCUGUGAAGAAAAUGAGAUCCCCUUACCAGUUUCCGGCACCGACAUUGACCGAAUGCUGGUUUCAUCCGAGGACGGGGGUCCACCAGGAUCGGAUAAUUUCUUGGUCUCCGUAGUCGGUCCAGUCCACCGAAGAGCAGGUCCAGUGGCGAAGGCAUUGAAAGCCGAUAAGCACGUUUUGUGCAGUGUCCCAAUGGCGCCGAACCAGGAAGAGGCGAAAGAAGUGCAAAAGCGUGGGCAAGCAGCCCAAUCGGGCAAUUCCAAAUUGCUUGUUCUAUGCUGUUUUCAACUCCGUUGUUGUCCGCCAUUACGUGACGUGCGAGACUUGAUCGUGAACAAUUUGUUAGGCGUUGCGAACAUCAGUGUAGUGUUCGAAUCUCGAAGAAAUUGGUCUUUCAUGCAAGAGGGUGUAGACGCUAGUUGGUGGAACUACAGACAAGCAGGUGGAGGUGUCUUUUCCGCUGUCGGAAUCCACUUUGUCGACUUGAUCCGGUUUCUCUUUGGUGACGAAAUACAAUGGGUGUCAGCACUACAACGACCCAUGCGCGGUUUGAAGGUGCCACCAAAAGCGGACACGCCUUCGGCGGAGGGGCUUUGCAUGGCGAACUUUAUCACUGCGAGAAAGAACAUACCGAUCCAGAUGCACUUGAAUGGGGUCAAUAUUAUGGAAAUGAAAACAAGAAUGAGAAGGAUAAGGUUCUUUGAAGAAUUUGUAAUUAUGUGCGACUUGAGAUAAAGUAAGUAGUCAUCUCGUUCAUCACGCUGUAAAAUCAAAAUCUUCACGACUCUCAUUAACUUUAUAACAUAGUACCCUCUUGUCCCAAGAAUGUUCCAGAUUACCAAACAUAGUGAUUACCACCUCUAAUUCCUUCGGCCUCGACGAGGAGGAAACCAUGGUCAUCACAUCGCCCAGAGCCAGCAUUUUCUUCGAUUUCAUGACUUCCGAGUUGAAGAUCAAUACAUUGGAGAAGCAAGGCACUCCGGUGGACCCGAAACCGAGUAUUGUCCGCGUUACUUAAGGCUGCAAGUUUCAAUUAUCUGCCCUAGGAUCUUUUUGUUUCCGUUUUUACAGGAAAAACAAGGACCGAGGAGUAGAUGAAACUCAAGAGAGAUAUACUUAUCUAUAUGGUUGUACUUCUAAGGUGCACGUGACACCCCAGCCUCUGGGUGCGCAUGGUCGGUGACAGGGAUGCAGAAUUUGACAAAGAGGAUUUGGUCUCACUUCGAGGAGUGUGAGUCCGUCCACGAUUUAGCCACCAUGAUGGACGGUCUACAGGCACAAAGGGUGGCGGAUGCGGUCAACAAAAGCGGAGCAAAUAAUGGCGAAUGGGUGGAGAUUGCGUGAGGAAUAAUUUGGAUUUGCAUUUGGCAUGAGCAUGAUAUGGUGCCAUAUCGUUACUACCAAGUAGACAUCACUCAAAUAGAAUUCAAGGAUUAGGAUGACCUUGACGACAUCGACAUCAAUCUCCGAUGAUACGAUUUUCUCAACAUCAAGAAGAUUUUCAACCUGAGGUUUUUCCUCGUCUUUGAAACUUCUAUAAAUAUGUUUUCCUUCCUCCUGGUCUAUUAACUGUAAGUUCAGCAGUCACGAC